AUGUUGAGCAUUUUGUUUGGUUGGGGGAUGCUUUUGCUGUUGGCAAAUUCUUGAAUACUGUUUGCUAACGUUAGCUAACCAGAGUAGCUAGCUAGGCUAUGUCAACGUGCUCUUUUGUAGGAAGGCAGCGCGAACUCCCAAUAUUUUGGCAAUGUAUCUUAUCCAUUUGAUUUACUGAUUAGGGACUUGGCUAUUGUUGGUCAGCAAAUUGCUAGGUCAGUGUCUUUGUGGUAAACAGUGGGACUAUACAUCAGGACCAGAGAUGUCUGACGAUGACGAAGCACCGCUGGUGAAGAAGACCAGGAUCUUCUAUGGCAGUUUGGAGGAGAAGGAGAGGGAGAGGCUGGGACGAGAGGCAUCUGGGUCAGGCAAAGAUUCUGUCAAAGCAGGAAUCGAGGCUGGCAACAUCAACAUCUCCAGUGGCGAGUCCCUUGAGCUUGAGGAACGUGUGACUGAGCGCCAGUCUGAGGUAUUGGCUGACUUUGAACGCAGAAAGAGAGCGAGACAAAUCACAGUAUCCACAGACGAUGCAGAGGUCAAAGCCUGCUUACGGGCCCUCAGGGAACCAAUCACACUGUUUGGGGAGGGGCCUGCUGAGAGACGAGAGAGGCUAAGGAAUAUCCUCUCUGUAGUGGGUCCAGAUGCAUUGAAGAAAUCGAAGAAGGACGAUGAGAAAUCCAAACGCUCCCAAGAGGAGUGUCAGCAGACAUGGUACCAUGAAGGGCCGGCCACUCUUAAGGAGGCAAGGCUUUGGUUGGCCAGAUACUCUCUGCCCAGGGCAGUGAAAAGGUUAGAAGAUGCCAGAGCUCACAGGGAGAUCCCAGAAUCUACACGGACAGUCAGGACGCAAGAACUUCACAAGACGCUCAGGAACCUGAAUAACUUCUGCAGUCAAAUCGGUGACGACAGGCCUAUAUCCUUUUGCCAGUUCAGCCCCAACUCCAAAAUGCUGGUGACUGCAUCUUGGAGUGGCCUGUGUAAACUGUGGAAUGUUCCUGACUGUACCCUUGUCCGUACCCUUCGAGGCCACAACACCCACGUGGGGGCCAUCUGUUUUCAUCCUCAGGCCACUCUGACUCUGGAGGACUCUGAUGUUAACAUGGCCUCCUGUGCUGCCGACGGCUCCGUCAAACUCUGGAGUCUGGACAGCGACGUGCCUGUCGCUGACAUCGAGGGCCACUCCAUGAGGGUGGCGAGAGUAGCCUGGCAUCCCUCUGGAAGGUUCCUGGGCACCACCUGCUAUGAUAAUUCGUGGAGGCUGUGGGACCUGGAAGCCCAGGAGGAGAUCCUGCACCAAGAGGGACACAGUAAAGGAGUCCAUGACAUGCAAUUCCACCCUGAUGGAUCUCUGGCAGCUACUGGGGGUCUGGAUUCAUUUGGCCGUAUUUGGGACCUUCGGACCGGGCGCUGUGUGAUGUUCCUGGAGGGCCACCUCAAAGAAAUCUACAGCAUCGACUUCUCUCCCAACGGCUACCACGCAGCAACAGGAAGUGGGGAUAACACCUGUAAGGUGUGGGACCUGCGUCGCAGGAAGUGCAUCUACACCAUCCCCUCCCAUCAGAACCUGGUGUCCUCUGUCAAAUUCCAGCCCAAUAACGGUCACUUCCUCUUGACUGGGGCCUAUGACAACACAGCCAAGGUGUGGACCCACCCAGGCUGGUCCCCCCUGAAGACCCUGGCGGGCCACGAGGGAAAGGUGAUGGGCGUGGACAUGUCCCCUGACGGACAGCUCAUCGCCACCUGCUCCUACGACCGCACCUUCAAGCUCUGGAUGUCAGAAUGAGGACAACCCAUAGAAUGUCAUUCUAUUUCUAUGGCAAUACCUGACUGUUAUUCCAUUCAAGUAGAAGAAUGUGGAACCAAGAUCUGCAAAAUGUUAACUUCUUGAUUGAUGGAAUAAUCUGAACAUCGUAAAUAUUCAGAAUUUGUCUUUUUGACAUUUAGAUUGUUCUAUUUAUUAUUGAACAACAUUUGAGGCUAUUAAUAUCUACAACUUUGAAGCUGUGGGUAUACUUUCUGUCCUCCCAGAUAUUUUUGUCUGUUAAUAACAUUGUUUUAGGUGAUUUGGUGUCAGAAGCUGAUCCAAUUGAUUUUUUUUUU